AUGUCCAUGUGCCAAGAGCGCCAAUGCCUGGAUAUCUACUUGCGGAUGCUCCUUGCCGUCAAUGAAAAGAUUGCCGAUCGCGAGCUGAAUCGCACCAAUCGCGAACUGGAGCAAUAUGCCGAGCUCAAGGAUCAGCUGCGUGAUCAAGACAUGCCGCUAAUUCUCUCCACUUGCUUCAACAGUGUCGUGUUUGCCUGCGAAGAUGGAGACGUGGAGACGGCAGCGCUUGCACUGCACGUUGUUGCCGAAUACAUAGACUGGGUCGACAUCAACCUGACAGCAAGUCCCGACGCAGUGCAGGUCUACCAUCGCUGUCUAGCCGAGCCGUCACCCAUGGCCGAGGCUGCUUGCGAGUGCAUCGCAGCCAUGGCUUUGAAGGGCAUGCCGGCAGCAGAAAAGGUUCAGGUGUUUGAGGCUCUGCAAGUGUGGCCGAGCUUGCAGCAGUUGGCCGUGCAGGCCAUGGAAGUUGACGACGUGGAUCUGCUCAUCAAGAUUGGUCGUGCCCUGGACUGCACAGCCUACGCCACCCUGCAGGAGCUUCAGGCAGCCACCGAGCCCUCCUUGCAACAUGCGCUCAUGGGACUUCUUAUGGUGGUUCUGCCCUUGGCCUUUGCCGCCUAUGCACACGAGGAUGAUGAUGUGUCGCAUGCGAUGUUAUCCAGCGUGACCGAGUACCUGGCCUUGCACAAGCAGGCCAAAGAAGGCCAGUUGCCACCCGAGCACGAUCAGUUGCUGCAGCAGCUCAUAUCCAUCACCAUUCUCAAGAUGAAGCACGAGCCUGAAGAUCUGGUCGUGACAGAUGCGCAGAAUGAGGCAGAAUUUGAAGAGUUUCGCAAGGAACUCAAGACCGUUCUUGCCAAUGUCUGUGCUCUGAAUUUGAAUUUGGUUCUUGAUCACGUGGAAGACAACAUUUUGGCUGUGUUACAGCAAGCUGCCUCUGCGCCCUGGACUGAGCUCGAGCUUGUGCUUUACUUAAUCUACUGCCUGGCGGAGUACGUGCCUUUGCCAGCAAAGAGUGAAACGUUUGAAGCUUUGCCCGCGCGCAUACGCAUGCGCAACCUGGUCGAUCACGCGAUCAUGGCCCAGGUGGCUGCCGAUGCCCAUUUGGGUGUUCUCAAACAGCUUUUUGAAGUCUAUGGCCGGGCAGUGCGUUUCCUAUCGCCACAGAGCGUGGAUCCACUUGUGAGCACCAUGCUUGGACCCCUUGGUAUUCGUCACCCGGAUGAGCGCAUCCGUUCAAGAUGCUGCUAUCUCUUGGGCAUGACCGUGAUGAAGGAUCGGGCGCUUCGACCUUAUUUGGGCCAAUACUAUCCCGCCUUUAAGGCUAGCCUAGCCGAGCUUUUGACCUUUGACAUGAUCCUUAACGAGACGCUGGCACCCGAGGAUCAGCUUUUCUUGCUGGAAGGCUUAUCUUGGAUUCUCAGCGAGUCGUCAGAAGCAGCAGCGACCAAGGCGGAGGAUUUGGGUGCUCUGGUAUUUCCGCUUCUGCAGGCCUUUCAAGAAGUUGCGACGAGGCUGUUGCAGUCCGAGACAUCAUCGGAGGAGCAUCCAAUUCUGGCCGCCCGUCUCAGCCAUAUCAUCUCCUCUGUGACGCGACUUAGCAAGGGGUUUAGUGCAGCAACCUUGAGUGCCUGUGGUGGAACCACGGUUUUUCAACAGGCCCUCGAUGUCUUUGUGACCGUGCUUGGCACGAGCAUCGAGCGCUCAACCCUGCAUGGCGCUGUGCGCAUGUAUCUGCAUCGCAUGGUCGUGGCUUUGGGGAGUGAUGUGCUCACUGUCAUGCCCAUAGCCAUUCGCGGCCUUUUGUCCGAGCCGACCAUUGAGGAUCUGACUGAGUUUGUCCCUUUACUGGCCCACAUGGUGGUCAAGUUCAAGGCUGCGGUGCUCCCAGUUUUGCAGCAAACACUUUUUCCUCUGGUGGAGGCUCUGUACGGCUUCUUGAAUGCGGGUCAGGGCGAGAACAAGUCUCCGGAGGAGGCACAACAAGUUCUGGAUGUCCGGCGCGCCCACUUUUCGUUGCUGCACUCUGUUGUGACGCACGAGUGCGCUGAGGCCUUGACUGUCAAUCCGGACGCCUUCCCGGCGCUCAUGGCUCCGCUCGACCCCCACUUCAAUCUCGGCGAUGUUCAGUUCAACCUCGCCCUUGGGGAAAUUGCCCUGCUCCUCCUCAGCCUGGUGCGCAUCUUGGGCGAGCCGCUGCUGUCACACUUACAAGCCCAGUUGCUACCGAGUCUCGGCAUGAGCGAGGCACACGCCCUGGCCGUUGUGCAGGCUCUUCAUCAGGAACUGGGCAAUAGGUCAGCUGCAGCAGCCAAGUCUAAAUUGUCCGCGACCUUGAGACAAGCCGACGUUAUCGGGAUCACUUGCCAAGAUUUGGGAUGGGCCGAUUGCGAGCGGGACAUGGAGUCAUCCAAAUCCGAGACCACGGAGCAAAAAUCCCACAACGAAAUUGACCAGAUCGAGUCCGAUACUGGCCUCCAGGCCCUGCCCUUUCACGUUGCGGCGUGCACAGGCGGCCAAUUCUCUCAGGCCCACCAGAUAAAAAACGUUGAGAGCAACGACUCGACUGUCUAUUGUUCACGGCUCAGCCGCAACGUGACGUUCAAACUUCAAGUCGAACGCCUGAAUCAUGCCUUGGUUGCCGUGGACAUCUGCCCACCUACGCUCGGAUAUACCUGCCCAGUACAUAGCGGGCUGGUUUUUGCCGCCACCGCCGAGCCAAACGAGUUUGACUAUGCCUGGUACGAGCUACUGUGCCACUGCCUCGUAACCAUCAUGUUCAGUUUCAUCGUGGUUGUGGCCUUUGGAUGGCCGAUAUUCACGUGUGGGGCCUGGUAG